AUGCCAUAUUUUUAUUUUAAAAGUGAGUCACUGAAUGAUGAAUCUUGGAAACGAAUUUCGUUCGUAACAAAUCGCUGUCGUUCGAUUAAUGAUUUUGCCACAUUUCAAUCGCGAAAACUUGUAUUAUCUCACGGAUGUUUAAUUGUUUUAAACGAUGAUGGAUCAGUGAAUGGUCCAUUUUUUGACUGCGAUUCAUCGUUCAGUAAUUUAAAUUUUUCGUCUAUUCAUUCAUCUUAUGGAAAACUUUUUAUGGUGACUUCAUUAGGGCGACUUUUUGCCCAAGGAGUUUCUGUUCAUGGUGAAUGUGGUGUUUAUGAAGAUUUUGUUGCGUAUGCGCGGGAAAUAAAAUUAGUCGCACCUACUGGUAUUUGCGAACAUGGAAUUGUUACUUCCACAGAGACAAUCAAGGUUCGUAAAGUUAGAGCGACGGAAACUUCAGUGUGCGUAAUUGAUCAGAAUGGCGGUUUAUGGAGCUAUGGAGGUGAUGGCAAAUUAAGAUUUGAUCCUUCAGGUAGUAUUGAAGCUCGUUCUCUACCACUUCCUGCUAGUCGGAAAGCCAUUGAAAUUAAAUCCGGAAGAAAGCAUUUUAUAUGUUUGGUCUCGCAUUCGUUAACAAGAAAAGAGAGCAUUGAAUCUCAGUUAGAAGAUUUGAAUAAGAAUUGCCAAUCGACUUAUUGCUUAAAAUGCAAAGAAAGUAUUGAGUUACGUUUAAGUUCACUUAUGGCGAAAGCCAAUCAGGAAGCAGAAAAAUUAAAAAACAAUUCGACCGAAAACAGUAAUGUUCAUUCAGUUUCAAGGCCAUCAUUUUUAGAAAUAAAAAGCAUCUCGUGUAAAAGUUCUCCCGUUUUGCCAGAUAAAUUUUGGCAAAUAGAUAAAAAUGAUAUUCAACGGUUAGAAAAACUUACUCGACAUGGAGAACAACGUGGGAAACAUUCAGAAUCGGGAAUUGAAAUGAAUUUGUUCAGUAAAACUGAUCCAGAAUCUGGUUCAGAAGGGCGAUUUACAUUUCUGUCCUUAGAUAGCCUUACCAGUGUAUAUAUGGAUUCCGGUAUUGAUGCUUCAUCAGGAACUGGUGACACUUCUACUAGCUUAGAAUCCAGUAAUUGCUCUUCAAGUCCACGAGUGGUAGUUGGCUAUACAGAUGAUAGUUUUCCUGAAGUUUGGACAUGGGGCGACAAUACUUGCGGUCAAUUAGGCCAUAACGAUAAUAUUGCUCGGAGGGAACCAUUCAAAAUAUUAGCUCUUUCUGAUAUUUAUGUGAUCAAAGUUGAUGCGGGUGAUUAUCACAGUAUUGCGUUGACGGCUACUGGCGAGUUAUAUGUAUGGGGAUCAAACGAAUAUGAGCAGUGUAAAGUUGUAAAUAAAUCUUGUAUUCUUUCACCAUUUCUUUUCAAGGCAAGGAUUGCAAGGAUUUUUGUUGGUACGCAGUCAAAUGUUAUCGAUGCUUGUGCUUAUGGGUCGAUGACUGCAGUUAUUGUAGGAGGAAUCCAUAUUAAUUCAUGUAUAUACUUGUGUGGGACACAUGCUACCCAAUCAGACAAUAUUAAGCUAUUCAAAGCAACACCAAUUUCAGUUGAUCAGUUCGUUCAUCCUGUCUAUGCGAUUUUUAUGGAUAAUGGUGACUUCAUAGCAAAAGCUGUUGAAAGAAAUACGAAAAUUGUUCAAUGUCAUAUUAUGAAUGAUUCAGCGGUGUCAGCUUUGUUGAAUAAGCUUACAUUAUCUGCGUCAUGUUAUGCUAUUCAUGCGGCAAAACUUGUGAGAGAAUCGCGGACUUUUUUCGAGAAUGGCGAUAAAAUGAAGGAUGAUAAUAAUGUGGAUUAUAGCGACGAUUUUGUUACAUUUUACAAUUCAUUCUUUCUUUUGAUUCAUGCUGAAAGCUCUUCUUUAAUCGAGACUAUGUUGACAUUUCAUGCCGAUUUCGUCGAUAAUGUGGCUUAUGGUUGUUUUGCAGAUAUAAGGGAUCUUGGAGCGGAAGAAAUUGAGACGGAACUGGACGAGUGCUACAAAUUAGGCGAUAGUGAUGAACUAUCAGAUGAAAUUGACAAAGUUUGCUUGGAACAGAAUGUGGAUAGCUUGCGACAAUAUCGGCAAUUGCAAAAAUUGUUCAAAAAGGCAUUCGAAUGUAUGAACGAAAUUAUUGCGGAUGCUGAAGCUGCUAUUGAGAAAAAUUCACAUCACCAUGUUAGUCUUAAUUUGCUUAAAUUUAGUUCAAUUUAG